CAAGUUUACACACGACUCUGUCUGUUCUUACUUCUUACGUAGUACAAGUAACAAAACAAACGUUGAUGAUGUUUUGUUCUCUGAAAAUAAUACAAAACGUGAUUGAAUGAAUAUCCAGUGUUCUCUCUCUGACUAUCUUCAAUUUCCAAUUUGAAUCUCGUUUUCCACAUUCCAUUCAAUCUCACCUUCUUUUUAUUCAAUCAAAUCAAUCCAUAAUGUCAAAAACAACAACAACAACAACAGCUUCUGAAUCAACCAUGGACGACGCUUCACGCAACCGUUUGACCACCCUCACGGCUCACUUGCUUCCCUCCUCCUCCGCCACCGCGUUCCUCCACCCUCUCCACCUCUCCGCUGGGAUCUCGCCGCCGCCGAACCUCAAGGGUACCCUCACUGUCGUUGAUGACAGGACUGGGAAGAAGUACAUCAUCGAGGUGUCCCCUGAUGGUACCGUCAAAGCCACUGACCUCAAGAAGAUAUCCACUGGGAAGGAUGACAAGGGACUCAAACUUUAUGACCCUGGCUAUUUAAACACUGCUCCUGUCCGAUCAACAAUUUCUUAUAUAGAUGGUGAUGAGGGAAUCCUUAGAUAUAGAGGAUACCCGAUUGAGGAGUUGGCAGAUAAAAGCACCUUUCCAGAAGUUGCAUAUCUCAUAAUGUAUGGAAAUCUGCCUUCUGAAAGUCAGUUAGCAGACUGGGAGUUUGCCAUAUCUCAGCAUUCAGCUGUACCACAAGGAGUUUUGGAUAUCAUACAAGCAAUGCCCCAUGAUGCACAUCCUAUGGGCAUGCUUGUGAAUGCCAUGAGUGCUUUAUCUGUUUUUCAUCCUGAUGCAAAUCCUGCUCUGAGAGGUCUUGAUAUCUACAACUCAAAGCAAGUGAGGGACAAACAAAUAGCACGGAUUAUUGGAAAGAUUACAACAAUUGCUGCUGCGAUUAAUCUUAGAUUGGUAGGAAGGCCACCGGUGCUUCCAUCCAACAAACUUUCUUACACAGAGAACUUCUUAUACAUGCUAGAUUCUCUAGGCAAUCGGUCAUACAAACCUAAUCCUCGUCUAACUCGUGCACUGGACAUUAUCUUCAUCCUGCAUGCAGAACAUGAAAUGAAUUGCUCUACAUCCACUGUACGUCAUCUUGCGUCAAGUGGUGUUGAUGUAUAUACUGCUAUUGCUGGGGCAGUUGGAGCUCUAUAUGGACCACUUCAUGGUGGAGCUAAUGAGGCGGUCCUCAAAAUGCUGAGUGAAAUUGGAACUGUUGAUAACAUUCCGGAGUUCAUUGAGGGUGUUAAAGCCAGGAAACGAAAGCUCAGUGGUUUUGGACAUCGUGUGUACAAAAACUAUGACCCCAGAGCAAAGGUCUUAAGAAAGCUGACAGAGGAAGUGUUUUCCAUUGUUGGCCGGGAUCCUCUUAUAGAGAUUGCAGUUGCCUUGGAAAAGGUUGCAUUGUCUGAUGAGUAUUUCAUUAAGAGGAAGCUAUAUCCGAAUGUUGACUUCUACUCUGGAUUAAUAUAUAGGGCAAUGGGGUUUCCUCCUGAAUUUUUCACUGUUUUAUUUGCUAUCCCUCGAAUGGCUGGGUAUUUGGCACAUUGGCGAGAGUCCUUGGAUGACCCUGAUACAAAAAUUAUGAGACCUCAACAGGUUUAUGUUGGGGAAUGGUUGCGGCAUUAUACAGCUAUCAAACAAAGAACUGUAUCAAGCAACACUGAUAAGCUUGGUCAGUUAGCUGUAUCAAAUGCUUCAAAGAGGCGGCUUGCUGGAUCUAAGAUGUAGCCUAUAGGCGCAGCUUGAACUUUUCUAGUAAAAUUGCCUUGAGGUAACAUAUAAUUAUCAAUAAGUCGAGGAAAAAAAAAGUAAUUGUAUCUCAAAAGUUUAGUUUGGUACAUGAAAAUUGAAAAACAAAUUCAAUCUGUUAAGGCUUUUGAUUGCCUAAAAUUUACUUUAGUAUAAUCAGGAUGAUGCAAGGAGUUUACUUUAGGAGCAUAAAUAAUGCAAGCUAGUGUCUUCACCUGCUAGCUGAGUGAUGUUGGUGGGAUUUGUAGUUCCAGGGCUUCAACUAUGCAAGUAGUACAUGUGCCAUGGAACUUGACAUGUAUGAAAAUAAACAGAGUACUUUGUUUUUGUUUGUGAUUAAUUUAUUUUUAGUUAUUGAUUCCAACAUUAAAGAAUAAAAUAGUCAGAGCAUUGAAGGAGCUCUCAAA